GUGAGUCUUUCAGGAGUGAUAGUAGAGUAUAUUACUAGUGACUUAUCGCUGACAUUACCCAGGCGUGUUACACAGUAUUACAGCAGGGGGAAGAAGACAAGGAGCAAAUGAACAUCAUUGCGUCACAAUGACUGAAACAUAUGAACUGGAAUUAUUUCCUGAGUGGAAGGUGACACUGUUAUUGUUUAAAAAUGUACAAAAUUCAGCAGAUUUAAGAAGAAAAGCAAUUGAUGGAUCUAUUGAUGGUACUUUGCUAAAUCCUGCAAUGAUUGUUGAUCCAUUUCAAAUUCUUGUAGCAGUAAACAAAGCAAUCCAUCUGCAGAUGUUGGGAAAAAUGAAGACAAGAACCCUUAAUUCAGAGAUUCUCUUCAACCUAUCUCCUACAAAUAAUAUUUCAGAAGCUUUUAAAAAAUUUGGCCUGGCUGACAAUGAUUCUGGAGUUCUUGUUGUUUUGACUGAAGAUGGGACUAAAACACUACAAUCUCAAGAAAUAAUCUCUCAGAUUGAUGGCCAGCAGGUUUCUCUAACUGCACUGACAGAGUUCACAGACAUUCAAAAAGUAAAAAAGAUGUACAAACUAACUGCACAAGAAGACAAAAUCAGCACUGUCCUUGAAGCUGUACUCUGCAGAAUGUCAACCAAAGAUGUUUUGUAAAGAAAAUCUGUUCUACAUAUAUGAGAAGCAUUUUGGCAUUUAAAACAUUUGUUUCCCACUAGUUACUAGUAACUCUUAGUUAAAAGGUAUGUUCACCUUCUGAACUUGAACAGCCACUGUCAGAAAAAAUAAGCUUUGCAACUAGUUUUAGUAUUGGUGGUGAACAAUUUAUAUGCUGUUUAUCUUCAAAACGGAAUAUUUAAAAAUAAAAUAUGUUCUUUUCAUACAGGGGCUGUAAGCAAAAUAUUUUUACCUUUUGUAUAUUAUGAAUAUUAAAAUAUUUUUAUUUGUGAAAGGCAUUUUUGGUGUUCAUAUCUGUAUUACCUUCCUUUGCCUUUUACCUUCCUUUGCCUUUUUCCUCAUAAAGUGUUCAACAUUAUCCAUUAUAAUCUAAAUUUUAUGGGGGGGUUGGAGUCGAAAUUCUGGUCGCCGGCGUCUAAUUCUGGUCGCCGGCAUCAAAUUUGGGUGCAUUGGCAUCCAUUCCAGACGCGACUGCGUCCAUUUCGGAUGUGCGGCUUCAAAUUCAGACGCCCAUCGUCAAAUUCGGUGGCCUGGGGCCCCUUUUAUAAACUAUGCAUUCUGACGUCAGAACGUGCCGUUUAUAAGGAUAUAAUUUACAGUCUGGUCCCAUAGGGAAAUGACCAGACUGUAGAAUAGAGAGAGAGAGACAAUUACAUAUAUUACAUAUAUAUAUAUAUAUAUAUAUAUAUAUAUAUAUAUAUAUAUAUAUAUAUAAAUUGGCAGUCAUGAAAGCACUCACAGCAGUUUUCUUCAAUACUUAGUUAAAAGUUCUUUAUUCCACGUUCUUAUCUACGCGUUUCAACCCACACAGGGCCGUCAUCAGGAUAGUGUUACAAAGUGCAAAACACACCUAUAAAUCAUGUUCACCCAAUCAGUGUCAGUCUCCAAUUAUUACAUCACUGUUGCACUACUUUUAACCCUUUCACUAUCACGAGUACUUCAAUCCCACAUUCAUGAAUGUAAAAUCUAUCCAUACGUGACUAAUUCACCAAAAAGGUAGUGAUAAAAAUAUUAAAUAGUAAAGGUGUUAAGAUGACUGCUGUAUUGUCAUAUAAAAAGUGAAUAAAAGUGAAUAAAAUAUCAGAGUGACUGAUGUUUCUUAGAAAAUGUGUCCUAAAUAUUGCUGUAUGUUUAAAAUUGUAUCAUUCUUAACGGCUUGUGUAACAACCAGUAUAUUGUUUUAAGCUAUUAUACAUUUACAACCAAUCUUGUGAAUCAAUGGUGUGAAAAGUAUGAAAUAUAAAAUCAAUACUGAAUUUAA